GCGCUCAUGUCCAGAGUUCCGCUAGACUACAGGCGGCUGGCAUUAUCUCGUAAUGCAUCACCCUCUAUCUGUCUCUUAAGGCUCUCCCUGCGAAUGCACAUUGCCGUCCGCACUCGCUGACCGUCAGUGAUACCAUGCUGUCCAACGACCUAGCAGCUCUAAUAGGGUUUGCCUGCGAGUCUGCGCUGUGGGGAGCUAACGCCAUCCUCUUCGUUGUUUCCAUCAUAUUGUUGCGCCGUCGCGGGAAGAGAACAAACCUCAGUCUUCCUGUUGUAGCAGCACAUUGCGCGCUGUUCUCCGGCUGCACGGUUCACUUCGCCCUAGAGUUCAAUCACUUUUAUACAACCCUUAGGACGAUAGGCGUAGACGGCUAUGCUAACGAGACGCACGCCCUGGUUGGAGCAGACAUAUUCAUUUCCCUAUGCGACCUCAUCGGCGACUACAUUCUCAUCUACUGGUGCUGGAUGAUGUGGGGAAGAAACUAUUGGGUCGUGAUUCUGCCCUCCCUGACAGCCAUCGCGGGUUUCGCGUGUAUCAUGGAAGUUGUCCACCUCGUCGUGACCACCGAUCCGACGUCACCUGUGCCUCCCACGGACCUGGUCCCUCUCACGCUUGCGGGCUACUCGCUUCCACUCUGCACGAACGUCAUGGCCACCGGUCUCAUCAGCUUCAGGAUCUGGUCCAAGUCUAGGCGCACAUCGUCCCCCCAUAGGACUCCGAAAUCUGAACGGACGUUCGAGCACAAUGGGUUGGCCGUGAUCGUGGAGAGCGGACUGCUGUAUCUCAUCGCCCAGCUGACCUACGUCGUCCUGAUCGCCAUCCCUCAUCCGGCCGAGGGUAUCAUUGCUGUUAUGGCCGUGCAGAUAUACGGCAUUGCGCCUGCGCUCAUCAUUAUCCGCGUCUUACUUGGAGCCGCCGCGAAGCCCGCUUACGAGACCUCUGCGAUCCCGAUGGCCCUUGCAUCGGCACAGGUUACGAAGGAUACUACAAAGACACUGCGGGGAGAUGGAGAAUCCUCUGAGGUGGAUGUAUCAGAGUUGACGUCAAAUGCUGCGGACGCAGUAUAGCGGCUAUGUAUUAUGGUGCUUCUGGGUCAUCAGAUAACUAUCUCAUCUUUGCGUUACAAGGACCAGAAUACAGGCUGAGCUUCUAAUGCGGAAU